AUGGGAGAAACAAGCCGCUACGGCUCGGUGGACUACACCGCCAAGGUGGAUCAAGCGCUGCUGCAGCUAGCAGAGCAAAGCUACGACCGAGUUUACCUCGUGCACAACGCGGGAUCUUUAGGCCAGCUCGGAUUGGUACAGGAAUGUGCAACCUCCCCGACAGACCUGUCACAGUAUUGGGAACUAAACGUCACGUCAGUAUUGUGGCUUAACAAGCGAUUCCUGGACGUAUUUGGGGCAUCCAGAGACGAGCUGUUAGCACCUGCAGCCCCCUCGAAUGAGAAGCAUGCACAGCUUGUGAUUGUCAAUGUUACGUCGCUCUGCGGUAUUGAACCCUUCAAGACGCAUAUGCUAUACUGCACGGGUAAAGCGGCGCGUGAGAUGCACCACCGAGUGGUCGCAACGGAGCAGGCGGCAAUUGGUAAGGUGCGUGUGCUGCAGUACUCGCCUGGGCCGAUGGACACGGACAUGCAGAAGACACUGCGCGAGACGCCGCAAUUGGAUCCGGAGCUUCGUAAACAGUUCGCUGACAUGAAGGCUAAAGGAGCGCUUAUCCCGCCAGCUCAGUCUUCAGAACGCGGCGUGAAACUUGCCAUCAGCGGGGACUACGAGACUGGAGCCCAUGUGGACUACUACGACCUCGAUCCACCGAACAAGCAUAAACUGUAA